AUGGCUAGCAAAGCGGCGCACAAGCGGUUAACGCGAGAGUUCAAGUCCAUUUCCGAGAAUCCUCCUCCAUACAUCACCGCCCAUCCUUCCGAGUCCAACAUCCUCGAAUGGCACUACAUAAUCACUGGCCCUGAAGAUACGCCGUAUCAUGGAGGCCAGUACUGGGGAACACUCAUCUUCCCUCCGAACUAUCCGUUCGCACCGCCUGCGAUCCGCAUGCACACCCCGUCAGGACGAUUCCAGCCAUCGACCAGACUUUGUCUUUCUAUAUCCGACUUUCAUCCGAAAUCAUUUAAUCCAGCAUGGGAGGUGUCGACCAUCCUAAUCGGCCUUUUGUCGUUCAUGACCAGCGAUGAGAUGACCACCGGUUCAGUUUCUGCCUCUAGCGCCGAGCGUAAGUUUCUCGCUUCACGAUCGCGGUGGUGGAACUCGACUGGCGGUGGAUCGCAAGCUAGAGGAAAUAUUGCUACUAAGGGCAACGUCAAGGCCGGCGAUGGAGGCGCCAAAUUCCGCUCAGAGUGGCCAGAGGUGGAUCUUGAGAAUUGGGAGUGGAUGAGGAAACACAAGGUGGAUGCGGCCACCGGUAACCGAGCAGAUGGCGACAAUGGCUCUUCCUGCGGACCUCAGCUAGGCAUUGCUGCUUCGAGUGGUAACCAGGCCCAGGCCGUGGUAGAUGCUGUUGUACAACAGCGGGAUGCUGGCCGAGGCUGGCUUUACCGGAACAAACUGCUUGUUGCGGGUGCGGCGAUAUUCAUCUACGUACUGAUUGCAAGGCUGGUAAGCGGUAACGAAACUCUGGCUUGA